AUGAAGGGGGAGACAGGAAGGCAUCACACUACUGAAUCAUCACAGAUGAAGGGGGAGACAGGAAGGCAUCACACUAAUGAAUCAUCACAGACGAAGGGACAUACAGGAAGGUAUCACACUACUGAAUCAUCACAGACGAAGGGAAAGACAGGAAGGCAUCACACUACUGAAUCAUCACAGACGAAGGGGGAGACAGGAAGGCAUCACACUACUGAAUCAUCACAGACGAAGGGGGAGACAGGAAGGCAUCACACUACUGAAUCAUCACAGACGAAGGGAAAGACAGGAAGGCAUCACACUACUGAAUCAUCACAGACGAAGGGGGAGACAGGAAGGCAUCACACUACUGAAUCGUCACAGACGAAGGGGGAGACAGGAAGGCAUCACACUACUGAAUCGUCACAGACGAAGGGGGAGACAGGAAGGCAUCACACUAAUGAAUCAUCGCAGACGAAGGGGGAGACAGGAAGGCAUCACACUACUGAAUCAUCACAGACGAAGGUGGAGACAGAAAGGCAUCACACUACUGGAUCAUCACAGACGAAGGGGGAGACAGGAAGGCAUCACACUACUGAAUCAUCACAGACGAAGGGGGAGACAGGAAGGCAUCACACUACUGAAUCAUCACAGACGAAGGGACAUACAGGAAGGUAUCACACUACUGAAUCAUCACAGAUGAAGGGGGAGACAGGAAGGCAUCACACUAUUGAAUCAUCACAGACGAAGGGAAAGACAGGAAGGCAUCACACUACUGAAUCAUCACAGACGAAGGGGGAGACAGGAAGGCAUCACACUACUGAAUCAUCACAGACGAAGGGGGAGACAGGAAGGCAUCACACUACUGAAUCAUCACAGACGAAGGGAAAGACAGGAAGGCAUCACACUACUGAAUCAUCACAGACGAAGGGGGAGACAGGAAGGCAUCACACUACUGAAUCAUCACAGACGAAGGGGGAGACAGGAAGGCUUCACACUACUGAAUCAUCACAGACGAAGGGGGAGACAGGAAGGCAUCACACUACUGAAUCAUCACAGACGAAGGGGGAGACAGGAAGGCAUCACACUACUGAAUCAUCACAGACGAAGGGAAAGACAGGAAGGCAUCACACUACUGAAUCAUCACAGACGAAGGGGGAGACAGGAAGGCUUCACACUACUGAAUCAUCACAGACGAAGGGGGAGACAGGAAGGCAUCACACUACUGAAUCAUCACAGACGAAGGGGGAGACAGGAAGGCAUCACACUACUGAAUCAUCACAGACGAAGGGAAAGACAGGAAGGCAUCACACUACUGGGUCAUCACAGACGAAGGGGGAGACAGGAAGGCAUCACACUACUGAAUCAUCACAGACGAAGGGGGAGUCAGGAAGGUCAUUCUUCAUCGCAGAUCGUCUUAUUGGUUAUCCAGCUGGUGAUCGGGCCUGCAGCUGA